UAUCAGUCUUUGAGGCAAGGGAACCAAAUUAGGCACCAAACCGCCACAUUUCAAAUCCAUUCAACACAUGGACUUUUUUGAUUUUUAGCGUAUUUACUCCUGCGUGUAUUACACUUGACAUAAUCCGUCAUGUAGCUGAUCCUGUCACUGUGGUCCACUAUUGGUGCCUUGAAGUUCCUGCAGAGCUAAUGCCUUUCACCCACAUGACAUGAAGCUGUAAUCCCAUGAUCAGUAGUUGACAUGUGAGAAACAGAACUGAGUACUCCCUGCUACUUUAUAUAAAGUAGUGGUCAGAUCAUCAGAGCAAACAUCUCCAUAACUUUCCAUCAGAGAGGGUAAAACAUAUUUAAUAUUCUGCCAAUGAAUAGAUACUUAAAAGAUUUUAAAAAACGGUAGCUGAGUGAUUGUAGAGCAAUAAAAAGAAGCUUCUGAUCAUUUUUACUGCGUCGUUGAUGCAAGACUACAUCCGUGUGUUUCUAAGGGAAGUGUGUCUAUGGAUUCUCAGUUUAAAAAAAAAGUGUGUGAACAUUUCCUGUUUCUUCUAAGCAGUGAUACAGAAAGCGUGUCAGAGCUCGGAGGAUGUUCUCCCAGAGAGGCUGAAAUGAGCUGAACUUCUAUCAGAUUUUAUCCUCUCAUCUACGUGCUUUACCAGCAGCAAGAAACAACAAUGAUGGCACUCAGCAUGAAGACGUACCUGGCUCUGCUGUGGGGAAUAUCUGUUUUGUAUGCGGUGGAGUCUGACAUGAGUGCUUCCAACACAGAAACCAGCAGCAUGAGCUCAACUGCUGAACCUCACAAACCUGCAGAGAUUAGGGCAGCAGAGACAACGGAAGCGGCGACCGCCACUUACAGAGGCGACAGCGCAAACAACACCACUUCUGAUUUGGUUGCAAUAACCACCGUCGCAGCAACUACAAGCAGAACGGAGCCACGGUUGCUUCAUGCCUCCACAGCAGUGAUCACAACUGCAGGUGCAGCACAUCCUUCCCACAGCGCGAUGAUCUCAGAGACGACUGCAAACCCUACAGGGGAUCAGAUACAUCAGCAGUCACCCACCACUUCCACUGCCAUGGCUGCUCCUGCAACAGCUUCUGUAGCAACAGUAGCUGUGUCUUCGCAGCAGCCUUCGUCCACCGCUAAGCCUGAAGUUACAUCCAAGUUAUCUCCCAUCACCUCUCCUGAAACGUUUCCGGCUCCAGUCUUCAACCAGACCUUCAGCGGUCCCUCAGCUUCAGCUACAACCACAAUGACAGCUAGCCACACCUCUGAGACUGCAACUGUGUUUGAUCCCACAACAAGUGAAACAUUCACCACCAGCACUGCGCUUUUGUCGACGUCUAAGCUUGUUUCUGUGACUAAAACCCCAAACUCCACAUCACAGUUUCCUGACACAGCAGGGUUGAGCUCUACCGCUGAGUCCCCAACCAUCUCAUUCUCAACCGAAUCUCCUAUCUCCACCCCCAAUGUCUCCACCGCCAAAGCCUCCACCCCCAAUGUCUCCACCGCCAAAGUCCCCACCCCCAGUGUCUCCACCCCCAAUGUCUCCACCACCAAUGUCUCCCCCACUAAUGUCUCCACCACCAAUGUCUCCACCAGUCCUACAGGAAUCCUGAUCCCUCGUGCACCCAAGAAGUUGCCGGUCCCAACCACCAAAUCAACUCCGGUAACUACAACAGCACCUUGUGAAGUCUCAAAGAGCCCAUCCAGCUCCGAGGUCCAACCCUGCUCCACCCGGCGCCUGGUGAAGCACUGCCUCAUCGCCGUCGCCUCCCUGGCUGCAUUGGCCACCGUCUUCAUGAUCUCUACCAUCAUCCUCUGCAUCAAGCUGUCAUCAAGGAAGUACAAGGUCAAAAAAACUCAACCGGCAACAGAGAUGAUGUGCAUCUCGGCCCUGCUGCCUGAGAGGAAUAUCACCUACUCAAGACAACGCAAUCCAGUCACUAACGGAGUGCUGGUGAUCCACGGGGAUGCAGACAGCGAUGAAGACGGGGGAGAUAACCUCACUCUCAGCAGCUUCCUUCCAGAAAAUGACCGCUAUGUUUAAAUGGAAUUAUUAUUAUUGUCUGCAGACCUGUCUAAUGUCAGUGAAGCGGAAACAGUUGCUGUUUGAAUAAAGCCGUGCUUCCCGUUUGAAGUUUGUGGUUUGGCUUCGCUGCACAAUCCAUUGCUACGGAGGAAGAGACAUAGAUCCACAAACCAAAACCAUGAACCAAUAAUGUAUCUGCUGGUUUGGUGAGGUCAGGUCACCAAAUGUGUAUUUUGGGCAAAGAGUUGAGACUUUUUGUGUAAUUCUACACUUGCCUUCCACAAGAGUCAAAGUCAGGAUGAAGAGAGGGAUCAAAGAAUUUUUUUGAACAUCCUGAUGAGCGGAGUCGUGAUGGUAUUUCACUUAGCGACGGGAGACAGGAAGGCUUGUUUUGUCGAGGGAUGAGUGUUCCUCGCAGACACCGCUCAGUUUACAAGCAGUGUCCUGGUAGCACUGUGGCUUCAUUGUAUAAACGUUGUAAUUUGAAUAAUGUUGAACUGUAUGCGACUCUGUUUGUGUAGGCGUUUAGAUGCAGCUUCUGUAUUGUGAUAAUUUAUUAAACCAAUUUGUCUUAUUUAACAGUGUGUUACACUUUAUUUUACAGGUCUGUUAUCGCCUAAUCAUUUCUAUUUUACUCAUUUUAGAUGGAGACAAAGUUCAGAGACUGCCUUAAAAGAAAUACUCAAAAAUCUAAAGAGUAUUGGUCACACUAUCUUUGCAUUUAAUUGGAAUUGAUUAAUAUGAUUAUUUGACAUUACGGACUAGCAAAAGGUUAUCAAAGUCGUCCUUUCUUCAAACAGAUAGCUGUUCACUUUGAGAAUCAAAAUAAGAUCUAGUUAUUCAAAUAAACUUUAUGCUGCAAGCACAAGAGCUCAUGUGAAACACAAGACAGC